AUUUGUAUUCAGAGGAGGAGUCAGACCUCUUGUUCUCAACAGACUCUCCUUUUUAUCAUUAAAAGCUGUCAAUUCAUAUUACUCCAUUGCAACUGAAUUCAAUGGGUUAUAAGCAGUUAUUAUGGCCUAUGAUUUCCAAGUUAACAUGAUACAAAAAAGUGGUAAGCCCAACACAAAUCGCCAACCUGGAGAAUUAAACAUAUUGUGGGACUAUCUUGACUACGACUGCAGUUAGUUUAUCAGACUCUCCACAUGGUAUGAUUGCACAGCAGAUACAGAUGGUUUCACAGCAUUGGUGUGUAACAACUUCAAAUUCUUGUUAAGAACUUCUCUUUUUGCUAUUGUUUAGAGUAGCCUAGGCUCUGUUGUUCGGGGCAAAUACUGUCUUGUCUCAUUACGCACACCUGGUUCCCAUUCCCCCUGAUUAGUAUGUUAUAUAUGUGCCCUCUGUUCCCCAUUGUCCUGGUUGAUUAUUGUCCCAUGUCCGUUCGUCUUGUGCUCUGCUGAAUCCGCUUUCAUGCCACGUGGUUUGUGCAGUUGUUAUUAUGGGUUUCUUUUGUUUGGGUUACAUCCCUACGUUAUAUAUACAGUACGUGUUUGUUUUGGGCUUCGUCCAAAUACUUUGACACAUAAGUACAAUCCUUUUUGCCAGUAUUCUUGUGUAGGUUGACAGUCCAGUAUUUCUCCCUCUUUGGUACGUUACUCAUGUAGAAGACAUCAUACCUCUCUGAUUACUUUAGCAAUGUAACUUUAGAACUAGCACUGCCACCUCUUGCUUCUGGAAAUAGGGGAUAAUGAACUGCACUCACGGAUGGUGCUCUACUGCAGUAUAGGAGUGCCCCUCCUAGCUCCAAGUACUUCUCUGUGCAAUGUAGUCCCAGAGUGCAGUACAGGAUCACCCCACCCCCACCAGAGAGUCGGACCCUCCCCACCACUCUCAAUGGUAAUACAAUGCUUCUUAUCACCAUGGACACUGCCAGCGAAGUGGGAAAUGAUAGCAAGUUAUCGGUCAUGUAUUAUGGAGAGAAGACGGAGGUGUUAGGGAAAGCUGUCGUUCACCUCACCGCUGUUGAGAUUUCUCUGGAUGUAGAUGCUGAUCGAGAUGGCCAGGUGGAGAGGAACAACCCCAACAAGGGAUCGUGGAUGUGGGGGCCUAAUGGCCAUGGUGCCAUCCUACUGGUCAACUGUGACUCAGAACACACCUAUGGGAAGAGGCGGGACAGUGAGUGUGCUGAGGUCACGAGAGUCUCAGAUCUGAAAGACAUGUCCCCAAUGGUGCUGCGGACCAGUGGCCCUGCCAAGCUCCCAGAGGGCUACAAGCUGACCAUGCACAUCUCCCAGGGGGAUGCAGAGAGUGUCAGGGUCUUCAGAACCAGGUCCACAGCAGGCAUGCACCAAACACUGAAAAACCUGUUCUACAAGAGCUUUGUGAAGGACUACCCGCUGGUGCUGGGCAGUGAGGAUUUGUCCAAGGAGGUCCCGUACCUCGGGGGAAACGCUGAGAUGAAUUUCUACGUUGAGGGCCUGAGAUUCCCUGACAAAGACUUUGAGGGCCUCAUCAGCAUCAGCCUCAGCCUGCUGGAGCCCAGCUCUCAGGGCUUCCCUGAGACACCUAUCUUUACAGACAGGGUGAUGUUCCGUGUGGCUCCCUGGAUCAUGACACCCAACACACUCAACCCUGUGGAGGUCUUUGUCUGCAGCACAUCUGAUAACUACCAGUUCCUAAAGGGAAUGAGGAGGCUGGUGGAGAACAGUGGGUACAAGCUGAAGGUUUGUCAUGAGUACAUGAACAGAGGAGACCGCUGGAUGCAGGAUGAGAUAGAGUUUGGCUACAUUGACUCUCCUCACCAACGUUUCCCUGUUGUGCUGGACUCCCCCCGAGACGGAAAACUACAGGAUUUCCCUUAUGAUGUGCUACUGGGCCCAGACUUUGGCUAUGUGACAAGGACAGCAUAUAAUGUGGAAGUGAGCAGCUUGGAUUCGUUUGGUAACCUGGAAGUUAGCCCUCCAGUUAUUGUAAAUGGAAAAAUCUACCCUCUGGGCAGGAUCAUAAUUGGAGUGGCUUUCCCCACGGCAACCAAGGGCCGCAACAUGACAAAAGUAGUGCAAGACUUCCUUUGGGCACAGAAAGUCCAGGAGCCCAUUGCACUGUUCUCUGAUUGGCUUCUGGUUGGGCAUGUGGAUGAAUUCAUGACUUUUGUCCCAGCUCCUGACAAAAAGGGAUUCCGGCUGCUGCUCGCCAGCCCCGACGCAGGCUACAAACUUUUCAGGGGCUUACAGAACAACGGGCAUGGACAAGCCAAAAUGUUUGACGGUCUUGGAGCAGAAGAAGAGAUUACAGUAGAUGAGAUAUUGAGUGAUGACAAACUCAGAGCAGAAAACAACUAUGUCCAGAGCUGUAUAGACUGGAACAGGGAUGUCCUUAAGAGGGAGCUGGGUUUAGACGACGAUGAUAUCAUUGAUCUGCCCAUCCUUUUCCAUGUGAUGGAGGAGAACAGGGCAGUGGCCUAUUACCCAGACAUGGUGAACAUGGUUGUGUUGGGGAAGAACCUGGGCAUCCCUAAACCAUUUGGGCCCAAGGUGGAUGGCCGCUGUGCCCUGGAGGCAGAGAUGACCUCCCUCAUGGAGGGCCUGGGACUCAGCUGCACAUACAUUGAUGACUUUGCCUCCUACCACAAACUGCUGGGAGAGGUUCACUGUGGCUCUAACGUUCGCAGGGAACCCUUCUCCUUCAAGUGGUGGAACCUGGAGAUGUGAGGGAUUUGGGGCAAGGCAUGGUUGUAGUUAGAAAGAGGGAAUAAGGCUUGACGUAAACAGCAGCAACAUUCGCCAGCAGCAGUCAUCUUCAAACAACAACAGUAGUCCUUGUACUGUAUUACCCCUUUGUCUUUAUUAAACAUGUAUUUGCCUUUUUUUUUACAAAAGGAUGAAAAGCUAUAUUUAUAAACAAGACUUUCCAACUUAAACAAGGGCUUGAGCGGAAUAUCAACGAGAACAGAAAUACAAUCAUCUGAAUUAAGCACAUUGUAGGCUGAAUCUGUUGUUUGGAUUGGCUGAGUGCUCAAUCCAAGUGUCUUGCAUUUACAUGUACAAACACAGGUACAGAUGAACAGGACCACAGAGAAAUGUGUAAGUAUAAUCUGGAGCCACCAGAGGGUGUGAUCCAACUAUUCAAGCAUUUCUGAAAACUUGUGAGUUUUAAUACAUUUAUUUUAAGCUUUGAGAUGAAAAUUGUGUUUGAUAUAUUUUGAGUUUUAGUGCCUGGAAUACACACUGACUCCAAAGGCUCUCUUAAGCUGAUGAAAGGUUACUUUCUCAUCUUUCCAAUCACAUUUCAAUUAAUAGUUUUUGUUGAAUCAUAAUCUUCAGAAUGGUGUUUAAUAAUAAAUAGUAGUAUUUUGAUGUAGUGUUCCUUACUUACACAGAGAUCCUUUAGAUUCAACUGAAAGAUUUCCAAAGGAGUGUAAAAGGUUUAUGCAUUAAUGCCACAACUGACAAAGUGCAACUAAAUUCCAUAUUGGUUCUUGUUAAUUUAAUUGAAAUAAAAAGUAAUGGAAACUAUGCCUUCAUAUCAGGUCUUUUCAUUAUAUAAAUCUGAGAUGAGGGAAAAUGUCUCUAAUCAGGAAAUGUAAAACAUUACAACAAGAUACAAAGGUUCCAUUCAUUGAGAUCAGAUGUCUACAAAUGAAUACAUAUAUCUGUUUAGUUUUACAUUCAAACCAGUUGGUGAUAGAUUCCAGUGGCGAUAUCCACCAUGGGAUAGAUUCCUUAUAUGAAAGGGGAUACCCUCCUACAAAGCAGCUUACUUAACAAUCAUUAAAAAGGCCACUUCAAGACUUGUCACAGUGUAAUUCUUUUUAAAAACCAAGUCAGAUUUUCAAAUGAUCAGCAAUUAAUUGAAAAUGUAGUGCCGGUUUCCACAUCUACACUUGUAUCCCCAUAUUUCUCUAUCGAAACUGAUGUAAAGAAAUAAUGACUCUUUAUCUGUCUGCUUUUCUAGAGAAGUUUGACUGGUUUGAAGAAACAAUCUAUUUCCAGCAUGGUACUGUACAGUUGACAUGGUUUUGCAAGCAGAUUUACACCAUUCACCAUGCAUACACAUCCAAACACAUACUUUAAAUCAAACUAGAGGUUUUAAAAAAUAAACUGAAGACAGUAGUCACUGGACAAUAGCUUGGCUUUGGAGGCUGUGUGCUUUGGUUAGGUCACCUUGGAGGAAUGUCUGACUGUGUGGUACUAUCUACAGUAUGGGACAGUGAUGAAGACUGAUGAGUAAUUUAGUUUGGACACCAGACCUUAUCGGUAAUUCAAUACUUCAUGUUUUUUUCCUCAGUUAAAAGGGGCAAUCUACGAUUGCUACAUAGCUUUUUUUUACAUUUCAAUUAAUUAUAUAUACCUAUUGAUUCUUGAAUAUUACUUAUAAAUGCUUCAUGCGCUUAGUUCAACUGUCGUACCCCAUCAAAACUCAAAACAUAAGCGUGUUUUACUCAUUAGUUAGUAAACAAGGUAACUGUAAACAAACACUAUAUAGCCUCAACAUGGUUAAAAGUAUAAUUUUGCUAUCAUGGAUGGUCAGUCCUUGCAUCCAUAGCUCUGUCUAGGAAUUUGAGAGUGGUUACUUUUCGCCAACCCCAUCACUCAGCUGGUUAUCGAUACAGUGGCGGGGUAAAGACUUUGUUAUUGUUUGAACUGCAGAUUACCUCUUUAAAUGGCCUGAAAUACGUUGACUAUACUUAUGGAGUCAAUAAAAUAUUGUCCAUUCAUCAACAUAAUCUGUCAACUGUAAUUGUACAGUUUGUCAGGGGAAAGUUUGUCAGCAGCAGCAUGAUGAUAAAAGUACCUUCUACCAAAAACAUGUAACAUUUACUAAAUAUUUCUAGUCAACAUCCACCAUUACACUCUUAAUUGACCAUUAAUAAAACACAAGGCUUGGUGUGACAUCAAAGGAUCCGGGACACCAAGAGUAACAAAUGUACAGCAUCAUGGUUGGACGUGAGGUUGAUGGGAGCAAUAAUGUCAGUUCUUCCAACAAUGACAACAGGACAACACCCUCUUAUCCU